UACUUUCUUCCACAUCAUGGAGUUCUUAGGGAGUCUAGUACAACAACUAAACUGAGAGUUGUAUUUAAUGGAUCAUGCAAGACAAGCAGCGGUCUCUCAUUAAACGAUAUUUUACACACUGGGCCCAAGCUUCAGUUAGAGAUUUCUGAUGUGAUCACAAGAUGGCGUCAAUAUCGGUAUGUUUUUUCAGCCGAUAUUGAGAAAAUGUUUAGACAAGUAAUGGUGGAUUCACGUGACUGGGCAUACCAACAAAUCCUUUGGACAUCAUCUCAAUCAUCAAGCGUGGUACCCUAUCAUCUCACUACAGUUACAUAUGGUCUUGGACCCGCGCCUUAUCUUUCAAAUCGAGUAUUAAAACAACUUGCAACAGAUGAAGGUUCUAUCUAUCCUUUAGCUGUCGAUAUUUUGAAUAAUAUCACUUAUGUAGAUGAUACAUUUGGUGGAGCAGAUUCUAUAGAAGAAGCUCAAAGUGCAGUAAUUCAACUGGAUAAACUCUGCAUGGCGGGCGGUUUUCAUUUGCAAAAAUGGACAGCUAAUAAUUCUAACGUUCUUUCUACCAUUUCACCAGAACGAUGUGCAAUCAAACAAGUGAUUCAACUUCAAGAAACCCAAUAUAUUUCUACACUGGGUAUCUGCUGGCAACCAGAAGAAGAUUGUUUUGUUUUUUCAUCGCCAUUUUCAUCCACAUCUUCCAGCACACCUACGAAACGUUCAAUACUGUCAAAUAUAUCACGCUUCUUUGACCCCCUUGGUUGGAUUUCUCCAGUAACAAUACAAGCAAAAAUAUUAAUGCAAGAUAUUUGGCUAUCGAAAUCAGACUGGGAUGAAGUGGUUAAUGAAGAUUUGGCGGCUAGAUGGUCAAAAUUCAUCAACGAUUUAAAUAACGUCAAUAAUAUUUCAAUCCCUCGAUGGGUUGGAAUUUCCCCAACAAAUCUUGGAAUUGAAAUACAUGGUUUCUCGGAUGCCUCCGAACAUGCAAUGGCAGCUGUCAUAUAUUUGCGUAUUAUUACCGAAUUCGACUCAGUUUCUGUUCAUCUCAUUGAAGCGAAAACAAAAGUUGCUCCAACAAAGAGGCAAACGAUCCCACGUUUAGAGCUCAAUGCUGCACUUAUUCUCACAAAAAGAGUAGCUCAUUUUAAGUCCAUUUUAAAUCUUAAUCAUGUUUCCACUCAUUUGUGGACAGAUUCUUCUGUUGCUUUAACUUGGAUUAAAGGUCAUCCCUCCCGUUGGAAAGAUUACGUUGCAAACCGUGUUUUAAAGAUUCAAGAUGUUUUACCCCAUGCUAAAUGGCAUCACAUUCCAGGAAAGUGUAACCCUGCCGAUUGUGCAUCUCGAGGGAUUGCAGUUCAGCAGCUUAUCGAACAUCCCUUAUGGUGGCAUGGGCCGUUAUGGCUUUUAAAUCAUUCAUCAUCGUGGCCAUCUGCAGACAUAAAUUUGGGCAAUAUCAAUUUAGAGGAAAGAUUAUCUCAUCGAACUGUAAACAUAGUGCGUCGUCAUCAAGAAGAGCCAAUCUGGGACCUAAUCAACAAAUUUUCAAAAUUAACUCGUUUGAUAAGGAUAACUGCUAUUUGCCGUCGAGUUUUCUCAAAAAAUUACAAUAAAUCUAUUAUCAAACAACCAUUGAGUCCAAAAGAGCUAGAGCAUGAGCGUAGGUUUUGGAUAAAAUUAACACAAAAUUCUUAUUUCUCAUCAGAAAUCAAGGCUCUUCAUGCAGGUCAGCAGUUGCAAAAUUCUCAUCCUCUAAGCAAGUUUACGCCAUUUAUUGACGCAUAUGGUCUACUCCGUGUUGGCGGGCGGUUACGCAAUGCUCUUAUUGAUCCAAAUGCUAAACACCCCAUUCUUUUGCCAUCCAAAUCAACGUUCACCAAUCUUUUGAUAGCAGAGGCGCACGAAAAGACUUUGCAUGGUGGUGUCCAGGUCAUGAGUGUUUAUCUGUGGCAAUCAUAUUGGAUACUUGGUGGUCGUUCAGCUAUUAAAGCAUUUAAUCAUCGAUGUGUACGUUGUGCAAAAAUUAGAGGAGUAACAGCUCGACAGCUCAUGGGCCAACUUCCAUCAAUUCGAACAAUUCCUGCUAGGCCGUUUCUUCACUCGGGUGUGGAUUAUGCCGGUCCAUUGUCUAUUAAGACAUGGCGUGGUCGCGGAGCAAAGCAAUACAAAGGCUAUAUCGCUCUUUUUGUGUGUCUAUCAACAUCUGCCGUACACCUUGAAGUCGCUUCGGACUAUUCAGUUGAUGGCUUUCUUGCGGCUUUUAAAAGAUUCGUCUCUCGAAGGGGAGUUUGCUCCACGCUAACUAGUGAUUGUGGUACCAACUUCAUAGGCGCCGAUGCAGAACUUAAGCGUCUCUUCACUCAGUGUUCAAAGGAGUACUCAAAAUUGUCAACAAUUUUGGCUAAUGACGGCACUCAGUGGAAGUUCAAUCCCCCAUCCGCGCCACAUUUUGGUGGAAAAUGGGAGGCCAGUGUCAAGUCUGUUAAAUUUCAUCUUCGAAGAAUUAUUGGUGACACUGCGUUAACCUAUGAAGAGCUAACUACCCUUUUAGCGCAGAUCGAGGCGGUCCUCAAUUCAAGACCUCUGUGCGCACUUUCAGAUGACCCCUCAGAUGUAAACGCAAUUACUCCUGCCCACUUCUUAAUUGGAUCAGCGCUGAAUGCAGUACCAGAGCCAUCUGUUCUUGAUUUUUCUGUUUCAAGAUUAUCUCGUUUACAACUCAUUCAACAAAUGAUUGAAAGCUUUUGGAAGCGUUGGUCCAAUGAGUAUUUACAGCGAUUUAGAUCAAUGUCCAAAUGGAAACAGCAAGAAAAUUCGAUCAAAAAGGGGUCAUUGGUUCUUAUUGCCGACGAAAGAUAUCCCUCCUAUGAAAUGGCCUUUAGGUCGCAUCUUAGAAGUUCACCCAGGCCCUGAUGGACUUAUCAGAGUAGUAACUGUGAAGACUGCAUCGUCAACUCUAAAGCGUCCUUUGGUUAAAAUCUGUCCACUUCCAGUCGAUGAAGAAA